CCGUUCCACCAUCCAUGGCCCCACAUGGCAGUGGCUGCAGCGCUGGCUGGGUGAUUCGCAUCCAGGACCUGACGGUGGCCCCACCUGUCACCGGCAGGCUGCAGCAACCGACCUACGCCUGCUGGACCAGGGGAGCCCUGCGCCUUGAAAUGCCCCUCGGCGCCCGAACGUAACCGUCGUCGCAACGAACACCUGCUCUGCUCUCUCCCCUCGCAGCAGCGCCAAGAAGCCAAGAAAACCCACUAGCUCGCCGCCGCCGCCGCGCCGCCCCACCACCGCCGCCGGCAUUCGCGAUGGAGUUCUUCCCCGACAGGAUCCACGUGCGGCUGCGGAGCCGCGUGACCGGCGCGUACCUCCACGCCGAUGAGGACGGGGUGCGUGUCUCCCUGCGCUGGCGCCGGGCGUCGCUGAACACCGCGUGGGCGGUGCACCGGACCGUGCGCGACGGCAUCACCUACGUCCUCCUCCACGGCGCCGCCUACGGCCGGUACCUCGCGCUCUCACCCGUCCCGGCGCCGCACGGCCUCUUCGCCGUCCAGCGCGACUACAGCGAGCUUGAGCUGAACGCCGUCAUGUGGUUGGGUGUCAUGGCGGCGGGCGAGGUCGGGAACUACGUCGUCGUACGCCACAUCUCCAACCGCGUCCUCCGCGCAAACGGCAGGUUCCGCAGAUGGGACACCGCCGUCACCGUCGACUACUUCGACUGGAGCAAUAUGAUGCAUUGGAGGGUCGAGGCCAUCCCCCCGAGACCGGAGCCACCACUCCUUCCAGUUCCAGGUCCUACUCAGAAUCUAAGAGGCCGCUUCGCCCUGUUCCUCCAGCGCGCCGACCCCGUGGUGGAGCGGGCGCGGCUCAUCCGGUGCUUUGGGGCGGACAAUCUCGGGAACUUCGAGCUGCUCGGCACGUUCCAGUUCUACGGCCGGUCCGUGUUCAACCUGAGGAGCGAGGUGGCGUUCCGUGUGAACCAAGUGAUCUUCUCCGGCAUCACGGUGUGCGUGCGGGCCGGCUUCUACGGGCGGCCGACCCCUCUGGUCAUCGACCUGCCUCGCAAUGAGGAGACCAUGGACAUCGUUGUCCUCACCACCGGGUCACCAGCUGCUGCGGAGUUGCGGUACCCAGAUGUUUGAUGCACCCUAGAGCCAUAUGAUGAUGUGAGAGCAUGGCUUCUGACAACUUCGCUAUUCAUCUCUUCAGGAAUCAAAAGUGUUGUUGCUUCGGAUAUAAUGACAUGAGAAUUGGCUGUCCUUUUCUUUGUUCAGAUAGUUUCAGAGAAAGCUUUUCUUCUGUUUCUGGUAGUUAGGUUAGAUGCUUCUCCUGACUGGAACCAGUUUGUGCCUUUCAGUUUCAGAAUUCUGAAAGUAUUAUGUGGAAAUAAUGCUUGAACGAUUUCGUACAGUGACA